AUGGACGACCCGGAGACCGGAUCAGCAAGUAGUCUGCUUAUACAAAAACAACAACGUAGGAAGGAUAUGAUAUCUCGCACGAAAUCCAGUGCUCACGAUGAGCUGCACAGUUUCAGAUCUUGCCUCCAGUGGAUGUGCGUUGAUCAAUCCACGGGUUACACCUUUUGCCUCUCUUGGUUGGUGUUCAUCGUCUUCGCCAUUGUAAUCCCGAUCCUUUCGCAUUUCUACCUUGCUUGUAGCGACUGUGAUUACCGCCACGGCAGGCCUUACGAUGGCCUUGUUCAGUUGUCCCUCACCAGCAUUGCCACCCUUUCCUUUGUUUGCCUGUCCCGGUUUGUCAGAUUUUAUGGCCUUCGUAGGUUCCUGUUUUUUGAUAAGCUUUGUAACGAAAGUGAAACCGUGCGCAGAGGCUACACCCAACAACUCCACAGCUCGCUUAAAAUAGUCUUCAUAUUUGUUGCACCAUGUUUUACGGCCGAGGCUGCAUAUAAGAUCUGGUGGUACAGUUCGAGUGCCACCUCCAUUCCUUUCUUCGGUAACACAAUAGUGAUUAACAUCUUUGCGUGCACCUUUGAGCUCGCAUCAUGGCUGUACAGGACCAUGGUGUUUUUCCUAGUCUGUGUCCUGUUCCGCCUCACCUGUCAUCUUCAAAUCCUCCGUCUUCAAGAUUUUGCAAAGGUGUUCCAUGAAGACUCUGAUGUGGAGUCUGUUUUGAGGGAACACCUUAGGAUCAGGAGGCAUCUGCGCAUCAUAAGUCACCGAUGGCGUGUUUUCAUACUCUGGGUUCUCAUCCUUGUUACAGUUAGUCAAUUUGUGGCGCUUCUUGACACCACCCGGUCCAAUGCUGAUCUCAGCAUAUUCAAAGCCGGUGAACUUGCAUUGGUUUCUGUAAGUUUGCUUGUGGGGCUAAUGAUAUUGCUAAGGAGUGCAACGAGGAUAACGCAUAAGGCUCAAGGGGUGACGUGUUUGGCUACUAAGUGGCACGUAUGUGCAACCAUCGAGUCGUUUGAUCCACCAGAUGUGGAAACUGAGACCCCACCCGUGGGUGUCAACCAGGUGUUCCCUCGGGGGGAAUCAUCGUCUGACAAUGAGGAGGAUGGUGGCAGUGAAGACGAAUUAGACAGCACUAAACUCAUACCGGCCUUUGCUUACAGUACCAUCUCGUUCCAGAAAAGGCAAGCCUUAGUGACGUAUUUUGAGAACAAUGGAGCGGGGAUAACGGUGUAUGGAUUCACGCUGGAUAGGUCGUCAGUGCAUACGAUAGCGAUGAUAGAAAUGUCAUUGGUGUUGUGGUUGCUUGGAAAGACAGUCGGUAUCUCUUAAUCUUUCUUAAUUAUUUAUAUUAAUGAUCCCUUUUUCCCUUUCCGGGUAUAAAGUGAGUAGCUGGCUAGCCCGCGGGUGAGAAACUCGGGAAUAUAUUAGUCGGAACAUGUAGAAUUAAGAUUUAUUGAUUACUGAUUAAUUUAUUGUCUUUGUAUCAUUCAUCA